AACCCUCAUGACGCGAUGGCGGUAGCAGCCGACGGACGAUCUUUGAUGACGUCUGCCAGUAUGACAGGGCGAUGUCGCCUCUGUUUACCAUCCAACUGCUGCUGGGAUGAAUAACAUCUGGACGCACAACCAAACGACUUGUUCCACACGACAUUACCCCCAGAAAGGCAACAUGGCGAGCCAGCCGUCCACCCUGAGGGAAUUUUGCCCACUGCAGGACCUGCUGAACGCCAUCCCGGCAAAAGUUCAACGCGGCUUCCGCUCGGUGGUGGUCUACCUGACGGCGGUGGAUAGCAGCCGCGACUUUGUGGCGGUGGGCAGCAGCAUCGGCAUGUUGUACCUCUACUGCCGUCGCCUGGCGCACAUGAACAAAUACAGCCUGGAGGGAAAGUGCGACGCCAUCACCGCCGUGAAGCUGUUGAGCUGCUUUGACGACCUGGUCGCCGCGGGAACGGCGUCGGGCCGCGUGGCCGUCUUCCAGCUCGUGUCGCCGCUACCGGGUCGCAACAAGCAGCUGCGACGCUUCGACGUGGUGGGCCUCCACAAAGGCACGGUCACGUCUUUGGCAUGGAGCACCAACGGCAUGAAGCUUUUCUCCGGGGACGACAAAGGACGCGUGGUCUUCUCCGCUCUGGACCUGGAUCAGGGUACGUGCACGCCCACGCUACUGUUGGAGGAACCCGGCGGCGUGGUCCAGCUGGACUACAGUCACCAGCUUCUGCUGGUGUCCACGCAGCAACGCUCGCUGCUGUACUUCACGCACACGCAGCAGGUCCAGCAGCUUGGCACCAAGCCCAGGAAGAGCAGCGGCAGGUUCGGAGCCUGCUUCCUGCCGGCUCUUUGCAAGCAGAGCGACCUUCAAGUGUUCGCCGCCCGACCAGGACUCAGACUCUGGAGGUCCGAUGUCUCGGGUCACGUGGUUGACACCAGACUGCUCAAAGCCAUCUUCAACACUCAGAUUCCCCACUUUGAGAUAUUCCCUCGUCCCGGUCCGGUAGGGGCGUACCGUCCGGCCGAGCGUCAGCUGGGUCUGCUCAGCUGCUUCCUGAAGGAGGGUUGGAUCCUCAGCUGGAACGAAUACAGCGUCUACGUGCUGGACUGCGUUAGCCAGGAGCUGGUGGGCGCGUUGGAGAGCAGCGGGGAUAUCGUGUCGCUGUCCUGCUGCGACAACGAGAUCUUCGUGCUGAAGGGAGACCGAGAUCUCAUCCGACUGUCCGACAGUCCGGAGGGAGCGUGUGGCGUCUCCCCUUCCGCGCCUCGCUUCCCCGUGCAUCUGUCCUCGCCGUUGACGUCGCAAGCCGCCGUCAUUGCGCCGACGGGUUGCGUGGAGACGGCUCAGCCGAUCAGGACCCUGGCCGUCGUUGUGGAGGGCGGGGCCGGCGAGGGGGGCGGGAGGUGCGCUGAGGAGGGGGAAGAGGAAGAGGAGGAAGCUGAGGAAGCGCAGGAGAAGGACGAGGGCGGCGGCAUCCUGAGCAGCUGCUCGCGGAGCCGCAGCAGCUCCGUCACUUCCUGGGACAGUCUCCGUGGAAACGCCUCCAGCGACGCAGACUCCCGCCGCUACAGCGCCCCCUUGGGGCAGGAGGAGGUGUGGCAGGAGCUGGUGGUGAAAGCCGUUAAGGUGAAGAAGAAGAAGAGGCAACGACAAGACAGCGGCAGUGGGAAUCGUCUGUCCGAGAGCAGUUGCUCGGAGUCCACGUUUGUAGUCCGAGACGGCGGCUGCAGCCACGGAGGCAGCGGCGCGUCCCUUGCGGGGUUAGAGCUUCCAAAACAGGACACUCCGAUGGAGGUCAGGGACGGAAAUGAGAAGAAGGCUGAAGAUCAGGAGAGAGAGGAUUCCGGUCGCCUGACCCCACAGGGUCCGGAGAAGGAGGCGGUGCCCCUCACCCCGGAUGUGGACGUGCUCCUGGAGUGCACCUUCUCCUACAUGCAGCAUGACGGACAGAAGCGGCGGCCAAAAGAGGAGCGGGACCCUCCGAUGCAAGUGGAGGGGGAUGAGGAGGACGACUCGGCACCACCCACCGGCGUGAUGGACGAGACCUCAGAUUCUGGACUCAAGAAGCCGAGCGUGUCUAGCGAUGACGAGGAGAGCGACAUCUACCGCCAGAGUCUGGCCCAUGUGGAUGGCGGCAAUGUGGAACAACGCGGCGCCAGUCAAUGCCAAGCGGCCGAUGAAGCGUUGCAGCGGGACGCUCGGGACGGACGUGGGCGCGAAGCUGAGCAGUUGGCCGAAAGCUGGAUGGGGUACUCUGGACCUGGAUGUGGAAUACUGAGUCUUCAUGUGACUGACAAGCAUGUGUGGUGUUUGGACUUCAAAGGCGGACUCUACUGCAGUCCUCUGCCUGAAAGCAGCCUCCAGUGGCAGCGCUUCGAGGACAACAUCCACCAGGUGGCGCUCUCUCCCUCAGGUAACCUGCUGUGGAAGGUGGAGCAGAAGAGCAUGACGGCGUACGCGUGCGCCAAAGUGUCGGCACGAGGCAAGCGUCACUGGUACAAGGCGGCGGAGCAGACGGCCUUCGUGGCCCUCAGCGACGACUCGGCCUGGAUCAUCAGGACCAACGGAGAUCUGUACUCACAGACGGGUCUGAGCGCCGAGCGUCCGUGCGCCCGCUCGGCGAAGGUGGACGCACCUUGCGUGUUCAGUCAGGUGUGUGUGCGAGGGGGCGUGGCCUGGGCCCUGAGCGAGCACAACGCUCUGUUCUACAGGGAAGGACUCGACAGCUUCUGUUGCCUGGGAGACGCCUGGAAGUACGACACCGUCAGUGAGGCUCAGGGCGUGGAGCUCAUGUGCGUCACGCUGGGGGAAGGCGGCACAGCCUGGGCGCUGGACGUCAGCGGGAGACUCUUCUUCAGAACCGGAGUGUCCUCGGAACGGCCGCAGGGGGACGAUGACCACUGGUGGCAGGUCAGCAUUUCGGACUACGUGGUGUUCGAUCAAGGCAGCUUGUUCCAGACGCUCCUGAACGCCACCCAAAGCGUCGCCACGGUAACCAAGGCGCCAGUGGAGCGGGUGGUGGCCUUCCUGUCUCAGUACUCGCAACGCCAGCCCAGCUUGCUCAGCGCCAACACAGGCGGCGUGUGGGUGGCGUCCGGACAUAACCGGCUGCACUUGGCCCGGGGCAGCCUGGUGGGAACGUUCUGGCAGAACCUGGUCCCCAGAGGCACCGUGGCGGCCACCAGGUGGAGCUCCAUUACCUCUUCGUGCGUGCCCCACAAAGAGGGUGCCUUCCUGUGGUUGGCUCAGAGCAAGAAGGAUCUCUUCUGCGUGUGGGACCAGGAUGGAGAACUUCGCCCGUCCACAGUCACCCUGCCACCGGAGGUGGAGCUGACCCAGGUUUCGGCUUGCCGCGACGCCCUGUGGGGACUGGACUCCCACGGCCGGGUUUCCAUUCGCACCCUGUCUCCGUCCUGUCCCGCCGGCCUCCAUUGGACGUCGCUGGACCUCAGUCAGCUCGGAAGUGUACGUUUGGUGAGCGUCAGCUGCGGCAGCCAGAACGUUUGGGCUCUGGACAGUCGAGGACUGGUCUACUUCCGAGUUGGAACCCAACCGCUGAACCCCAACAUGAUGCUUCCCGCUUGGAUCCACAUAGAACCACCUGACCAGCCUGUUGGAGUCCAGCUGGUCAGUAUUGAGACAAGUCCAAACGAUCGUCUUCUGUGGGCAUUGGACAACAGAGGCGCCGUCUUUGUCAGGACGGGACUUAGUGAUGAGAUGCCUGUUGGGACAAAUUGGGACCUGGUACCAGGUCUGAGCGUCAGUCAGCUGGUUCUGAGUUGUCGGACAGUUUGGGUCCGAUGUGUCAAUGGAGAUUUGGCCCGACGUUACGGCGUCUCUGAUAGAAACCCGGCUGGAGACUACUGGAAGAAGAUCCCAGGAAACGCCCACUGGUUGACUGUCACUCCAGACGACGACCUUUGGGCGGUGACUGCGAUUGGCGGACUGUCCCGUCGGAUGACAAAGCUCCUCCCACAAACACCCUGUCACCCCGCCCCUUCCGGGAAAAACGCCGGCGACGAUGUUGAUGACGAGUGGGAGCUCCUCUGAUGCCGUCCGUUGCGGACUUCUGUAAGAUAGCUGAAACUUCUUUUAACACCUUCCCAUGAAAUGACCCUGGACCUGGCAGGUGACAUCCCUUCCUGGCGGAAGUGUGACUUUCUUUAACGUUACGAGAAUGCACUUUAAGGCUGACAGAUGGCUUGAACUCACUCAAACUGUUUCCAAACGGGUCUAACGGGUGUCGAAGAUCAAAGGACUGUACAGUACAGCUAGGAGGAGUAUGACGGUGUUUUUAAGGGAUUUAAGUGAUGGUGGAAACACUCUUGGGGGUACAGGAAAUUCUCCUCCUGAGCAAGUACCCCCUGUUGUACUCUAGUAAAGUACAUACGUGUACAUCCUCACGCCACACUCUGGGGGACUAAGAUUUGCCUGGACUCUCCCAAAUGCUCUGGACACCAAUGGAGUGAUGGACUCAAAAGAUCUCUAGUGCCACUGGGAACUCUCAGGCGAACAAUGAAUCCAUCUUCCACCUAUGAUCAACUGUCUACAGUACACUUAUGCAGAUUUCAACUUACCUUGAAUCCACUUGAUAGACUCACCUGGACUCCAGUGGAUUGGGGUUGAAGAAAACUUGGGGGAAUAGGGAGUAUUCCACCUGAGCAAGCCCCCUCUGACCUACCCCAGUGGACUAUGUAUGUACAUAUACUCUACUCUCUGGUGGACACUGUGGGCGCUGGUGGAUUGUGAUGGACUUGAGGUUCUACUGGACUACAUACGCACAUGCUAACUUAAGAUGACUUGUUUGACCUUGACUGCAUUCUGGUAGACUUUGUUAGACUCACCUGGACUCACGCAGACGCUCUGGACUUCAAUAGACUCUGAAGAACUCUCAUGAACUCUAGUGCCACUAGGUUCAAGAACUCUUAGCUCCCGCCUGGGCGAACCUCCCAUGAUGGACUCUAAUAGACUACACUGUGACUUCAGCAGCCUUGACUAACCACGGAUACUCUAGCAAGCUUUGAUAGAUUCAAGAGGACUCGACCGGACUCUUUAGAAGUAUAUCCACUUUAACGGACACCGGAUGUUUUGAGUGUUGGGUCAGACCCGGAACCUGGGAAGUGAUGUCGUUCUGCUAUGUGUUGAUUGGUUGAAGACUUACCCACGAACGAAUUAAACUCAGAAGCUGAUGAGUAUAGAA